AUUUCCGUCUAAGAAAUGGUCCGCAAAUCGCACUGUGGCUACGGUCUGUUCCUGAUUCUCGGCCUAAUUCUGACCCUUGUCGCCAUAUUCACACCUGGAUGGCGCAGCUACAAAGAUAAGAUUGAAAACUUCGACGAUCUAUUCAUCUGGAAUCAUAUUUUAGGCUCUGGAGCACCGGAUCUUGGCCUAAUUUCAAGAUAUUGUGGACAAGGGACUAGAGAAGUCAAUCAGUACGACUGUAAGGCUUACGGGCGGUACCAACUUCCAUUCGAGAAGUUUACGCUGGCAUUUAUGAUUUUGGCUGUGAUGUUUCAAGUUGUUUCCGUCGGAUGUUUCAUUGGAUUGUUCUCACCACGUGCAAGGCUUGGAUUACCUGCUGCAAGUACUGCUGGAUUGGCAUUUGUCUGUUUAUUCAUUUCGAUUGUUGUCUACGGGGUUCGAAUGCAAUAUAAAACUAUGUACCUCCAAUCAACUACCUACGAGCUUCUGGCUAAUGUCUACUUGGGAUAUUCCUACUGGCUCGCAGUUGUCGCCACAAUUGUGAUGCUCAUCGCGUCAAGCUUGUCUGGAACUCUUAUCGGUCCUGCUGAAUCAGAUCACUUCAAUCAUUGAAAAUUUAUUUAUAUAACUUACUCAUAAAGCCCUAAUACAUCGAAAUAAAGUAAGGAGAAAUAAAUUAAAAUUUAAAC